ACAAUGAUAGCGACUGUGCACAUAAUGUAAUUUCCCAAAACAAAGGGACUGAUUCAUAAUUACACCGAAAUUCCGUGCGCCGAGUGAGAAAAUAAAACACCGUCGUUUCGUCAGGCCCGUCUGCUCAUUCCUCAGAAUUCCUUUUAUUUUUAUUUUUAAUUUUUCAAUUUUUGUCUGCAUAUUCAUCACAUCCCCUAAGGGUCAGCCUUCAAUUUCUCACAAGAUUCAUCAAAUCCCGGAGGAAUCGUUCCUUUAUGUGUGCAGUCGGAUUCGUAUCGCUGAAUUGAAUCCGCUCGUGAAUUCGUAGUUCGAAGCUGUUGGCAAUCGGUGAAUUCUCGGAUGAUCCAGGGUUUUUUCGAAUUGGUGAUUUAGGAUUUCUAGGGUUUUUGGAGACGAGGUUGAAAUUGUGGUUUUUAGGGGUUUUUGGUAUGCGAGGUCCGGAAAGUGUGUAAAUUUUGGGGGAUUGAUUUGAAUUGAUGGUUGAAGCUAGGGUUGCUACAAAAUUUGGAAAAAAUGCAACGAAGGAAUUGCUAUUAUGCAUGGUUGGGUUCAGAGGGAAGGUGAAGGGAGUUGUCGAAGUCCACGGAGGAGUAUCAGUUGGCAUAUGCACCCAACUGUAAUUGCUGCGGACUCAAAUUCGUUCUUCAAGGAUGGUCGCAAAAUCAGUGUUGGCGAUUGUGCUCUUUUCAAACCUCCUCAAGAAUCUCCACCUUUCAUUGGUCUAAUUCGCUGGCUGACACUAAGCAAAGAUAAUAACUUGCUGUUAGGAGUCAAUUGGCUUUAUAGACCUGCUGAGCUAAAGCUUGGAAAAGGCUCUCUGUUGGAAAGUGCACCGAACGAAAUCUUUUAUUCAUUUCACAAGGACAAGAUUCCUGCAGCCUCUCUACUUCAUCCGUGUAAAGUUGCAUUUCUCCCUAGAGGUGUAGAACUUCCCACAGGGACAUCCUCUUUUGUUUGUCGGCGCAUCUAUGACAUCGAAAACAAGUGUUUAUGGUGGCUGACAGACCAAGAUUACAUUAAUGAACGACAAGAAGAAGUAGACCAGCUUUUAUACAAAACAAGGACCGAAAUGCAUGGAACUCCGCAGCCUGGUGGUCGUUCUCCGAAACAACUUAAUGGCCUGACGCCAGCCUCGCACUUGAAACCUGGCUCAGAUAAUGUUCAAAAUAGUGGAACCUCUUUUCCUGCUCAAGUUAAGGGAAAGAAGAGGGACAGAGGAGAUCAUGCUGCUGAUUCUGUGAAACGAGAACGUCCCUCAAGGACAGAUGAUGGUGAUUCAUGCAAAUCUGAAAGUUAUUUGAAAUCUGAAAUUGCAAGAAUAACAGAAAAAGGUGGAUCUGUAGAUAUGGAAGGGGUUGAGAAGCUUGUCCAAUUAAUGCAACCUGAUAGAAUGGAGAGAAAAAUGGAUUUGAUUAGUCGUUCCAUGCUCGUCAGUGUAAUUGCUGCCACUGAGAAGGUUGAGUGCCUUAAUCGGUUUCUGCAGCUCAGGGGUUUACCCGUGUUGGAUGAAUGGCUCCAGGACAUCCACAAAGGGAAGGUUGGUGGCAGUAACAGUCCAAAGGAUGGUGAUAGAUCUGUGGAGGAAUUUCUUUUGGUUUUACUUCGUGCACUGGACAAACUCCCAGUGAAUCUUCAUGCCCUUCAAACAUGUAACAUUGGCAGAUCUGUGAAUCUUCUACGGUCACAUAAAAAUGUAGAAAUUCAUAAGAAGGCACGGACUUUAGUUGACACAUGGAAGAAACGUGUUGAAGCAGAAAUGAUUAGUAUUGAUGCAAAGUCUGGUUCGACCCAAGGUGCAUCUGUUUGGUCUUCCAAAUCGAACCUUCCAGAGUCUUCCAAUGGUGGGUCAGAAGUUGCCGUGAGAAGUUCUACUAAUCAGCAUUCUGCAUCUAAAACUACUUCAAUGAAGUCCUCGCAUGGGGAGAGUAACCCAAAGUCUGCCCCUUCAACUCCUGGGGUAGUGAAACCGGUAUCACCACCUGCAUCUGAUAAGGAGAGCCAUCCUGUGGUUUCUGUUAGUGGCACUCCUGAUCUCCCUCUCACUAGGGAGGAUAGGAGCAGUAGCUCUAACCAGUCUCUAAGCUACAGCCAGUCAAUAUCUGGGAAGGAGGAGGGGAAGAGUCCCACUGCAUUCUCCGCAUCUGCUAGUAAGAUGUCAAGCAGUAGUUCUCGUAAUCGGAAAGUUAGUAGUUUUCCAGGGGUAACUGGAGGUCAGAAAGAAAUCAGUUCAAGCAGAAGCUCUUCAGCACACAGAAGUACGGCUUCAGAUAAGGUAUCUCAGUCUGCUUUAACGAGUGAAAUUGAAGGACCCAUCAUUGAGACGAGCAAUCAUAAGCUUAUUGUUAAGAUACCAAACCGUGUGCAGACUCCUACACGAAAUAUCAACGGAGUAUCUCCUGAAGAUCAGUCUGUUAUGCGAAGUCAAGCAUCAUCUCCAGUGCUUGCAGACAAACCCGAGCAGCAGGUCGACAAUAAUGCGAAGGAGAAAAGUGGUGAGUAUCAGUGUAAUGGUACUUCUGACGUGAAUGUGUAUCCUUGUCAAAUCAAUGACAGAAAAGAUAUGUCGACUGGAUCUGGUGUUGCUGCUGGGUCACCAGCUGCAGUUGUUCCGGAUGAUGAGAAAAGUAUGUCAACUGAAGACUCGGGGAGAUCAAUCAAAGGCCCCAAAAAGAAUCAAUUGGAGGGUGGAAAGUUGCGUGGAACGUCUUUCAGUCCCAUGAAUGCUUUAAUUGAGAGCUGUGUAAAACAUUCUGAAGCACAUUCUUCAUUGUCCCUUGAGGAUGAUGUUGGAAUGAACUUACUUGCUAGUGUGGCAACUGGGGAAAUGUCCAGGUCUCAAUUAGUAUCACCAACUGAUUCUACAGAAAGAAGCACCGCUGCAGUUGAUGAAGUUUGCUUUGACGAUGAGGCAAAAUCAAAGUCAUCCCCUGAAGAUCACAUUCCAGGAGGUCGAAGCCAGGUUCCCGGUGAUGACAAGAAACAAGCUGUUUUAGAUACAUCACGGUCUGAAGAUGGAUUAAAUUCGCCUAAAAAAGAGCAACCUGCGCUGUCUUCUGACGUAAAUUUUGGUCCAGUCUAUACAGAUAUACCUGUUGGAGCAGGCAAUAAACCCUCUAUUAGCACAGAUUUGAAAAGCGCUGCUGAGCCCUUGUCGGAGGUUAAUGAGAAGUCAAAUCAACAAGCUUACAACGAUGAGAAGAUAAGAGCUGGUGUAACAAAGAAAGAAGAAAUUCAGGAGCAAAAGCCCCCUACAAAUAAUGGCACUGUUGAAAAUGUUUCAAAGUGUAGGAGUAUUGGAACUAACGCUGCCGUCACUGAGGACAAAGUUGCAUCAUCAAACCAAUCGUUUGAUGAUAACUGCAAUACUGAUGUAAAGGAAGUAAUGGGCACGGGAACUAAUUCGCCUCACAAAUUUGCUGCUGCUGCUGUUAUACAGUCUGAAUUAGCAGAAAGAGCUAAAAAUGAAAAUCUGCAACAAACUGCACCCAGGGAGAGGAUAAUGUCGGAAGCUUGUGAUGAAGUCAGAAUCGGGGAGAGAGAUGCUAAGAGUCACAUCAGCGAUGUAAAAAGUGAGAACUGUGAUAGUGCAGUGGAUAGAAAUACUGUUGUUGAAGGUCAUGGGGUUGCUGGUUCGUGUUCCACUACUGAUGGUCGAAAGAGUCAUAAUAGGGAGGCCAAAUUAGAAAAGAAUGAGAUCACUGCAAACGAUGAGUCGGCGAGACCAGAAUUUGCUAGAACUGAUGCAAAUGAAUUGGAAUCUACUUCCACCAUUGCGGAGCCGUCUUCUUCGGCUGCUGCUGCAUCAUACCCUGAUGCAAAAAUAAAGUUCGACUUAAAUGAAGGCUUAACUGUUGAUGAUGGGAACUAUGGGGAGCCGAUCAGUACAACUGAGUCAACAACUUUUCAGAUGAAUAACAGUUUGCCGUUUUCUGUGAAUUCUAUCCCGAGCAUCCAUCCUCCUUCCAUUACAGUGGCUGCUGCUGCCAAAGGCCCCUUUGUUCCGCCAGAGGAUCUAUUGAGAAGUAAAGGGGAGCUUGGAUGGAAGGGGUCUGCUGCCACUAGUGCAUUUCGUCCAGCUGAACCCCGAAAAGUGGAUUCAAUGAAUUCGACAUAUGAUGCAUCUACCAGUAAAAGCGGCCGUGCUCCACUGGAUAUAGAUCUGAACGAACCUGUUGAAAGGGUUCCAGAGGAAAUGCCUACUCGAGAUUCUGCAGUGGCAUUUGGCCUGACGAGUAAUUUGGUAAAUAAUCGUGCUGUGUUACUAAAUGAAACUUUAAACUCUAUGCCGAUUCAUGUUUCAGGAGGGUUGAAUCUUGAUUUGAAUAGAGGAUUUGAAGCGAAUGAGAAGGGGUUGUGCUCCACCAGCAGGAGCAGUAACCGUAACAGACAGGGUUCCAUGGUGGACGUGAAACCAUUCUUAUACGGUUUACCGUGUGGUGAUGUUCAGAGGGAUUUCGAUCUCAAUGAUGAUGCUAGUGCGGAGCACUUAACACUAAGUCAUCAAGCCGUCAAGGUUGGUUUGCAACCACAAUCUCAGCUGCCUUUUGCUGGCGGCGGUGUUAGAAUAAAUAAUAAUAAUAAUAAUAACAACAACAAUCCUGGGGGGCUAGCGAAUUUCUCGUCUUGGUUUCCACCUAGGAAUGCUUACCCAACCAUGUCGGUUACUCCUGAUGUUUACCGCGGAUCAGUGAUGUCAUCAUCCUCUACAGUGCCAUUCCCAUCAGGUCCUUUCCAAUUCCCCGUGUUUCCUUUCGGCCCCACUUUUCCUGUUGGAGCAACCUCGUAUGGUGAUCCCUCGUCUGCUCAAAGGUUGUUGAAUCCUCAGUUGUUAGGACCAGUUGGUGCAGUUUCAUCACAGUUUCAGAGGCCGUUUGUAGUUAGACAGGGUUUAGACCUGAACGCAGACCCUGUUUCAGUUGAUAGUGAAUUCAGAGAGGAUAUGCUACUGCCUCCUCCUUCAACGAGCCAACAUUCUGUUUCGGGUAGUAUUUUAAAGAGAAAGGAACCCGAAGGCGGCUGGGAUAAAGAAAACUUCAGAUACAAGCAGCCUUCAUGGCAGUAGCAACUAUUUUGGAGUAAAUCCCGAACCAACAUCCUGCUGGGGAACGAUGCUAUUUAAUCAUUUACUUUUUUUUUUUUUUUUUUUUAUCUCGCUAUACAUAUCUAUAAAUAGAUUUCUGCAGAAUUUUGAUGCCAAGGCAUUUUCAGCUAUAACAACAUACAUGGUUUUAGUUGUGAUAGCCUUUGUUGUAUUUUAAGGUUUCUUUUUUUACUUCCUUUAACUAUGGUUUCAACUUCAUCUUUGCCUAACAUUUUUAUUUCCGCAGCUCAAGAUUAAAAUUUACAUAGCAAUGAUGAUG